AUGCCCCCACAAGUGCCUCAGUGCCUUCCUCUUGUAACCCACUGCGUCCCAUUUUCUCCUCCAGUCACGCCUGUCGCUAACAAAUAUUUCCAAGGAACUAAACGAAUGAGAGUUUCAGGAAAGAAAUUUAUUCCUCUCCUUGUUUUUGUUCUGUCAAGCUUCUCAAUAGUUAGACUACUUAAAAUCGUCAUCACUACUUCAUCUUCUUACCAUCCGCUGCCUGUCUCAUCCACAACUCUACAACAAAAAUGCUCCGCCCCUUCUCCAGCAUGUGGUAAUCAUACAUCAUAUGGAGCAAAUACUUCUAAAGGUCUACCUAUCACCUCCGUCAGUUCAGCCACUCUAACAAAGAAGGAAUUCCAACUUAUACAGAAUCUCAUUUCUAGGAAGGCCCCUUGCAACCUCCUUAUUUUUGGGUUUUCGACACAGUACCUUACUCUUUCAUCUAUAAACCUUGGCGGCAAAACCAUUAUACUAGAAGAUGACCUCAACAAGAUAAGCAAGAUCAAAACAAAAUUCAACAGCACUCGAAUCUACAAGGUUGACCACAAGGCACCAGCAAAAGAAGCUUACAAGCUGCUAAAAAUCGCGAGGCAUGAUCCUGCUUGUGCACCUAGAUCAGUAAAGCUUCAAGAAUCAACAUGUGAAUUAGCAUUGAAAAAUUUACCUCGAGAAGUCUAUGACAUUCAAUGGGAUCUGGUUGUUGUAGAUGGACCUGAAGGGAACACGCCAGAGGCACCAGGUAGAAUGGCAGCAAUCUAUACUGCUAGUAUGAUGGCAAGAGCUGGGAAUACAACAACUGUGUUAGUACAUGAUGUGAAUCGAAUGGUUGAGAAGUGGUUUUCAUGGGAGUUCCUAUGUGAUGACAACUUGGCAUCAUCUAAAGGAAAACUCUGGGAAUUUAGGAUCAAUGGUAGAACUAAUUCUACAAGGUUCUGCUCUACCUAA